CAUCCAGUUCGCUCAUCUCAAAGUCUCAGCUAUUGAAUUGGUUUUCAGGUAAAUGUCUAAAUAUGUGUGGUUACCACAGGCCUAGGAUAUUUACAUGUUUUGUUCGCAGAGACUUAUCUACUCAUGAAUCCGUCUUUACCGGUUGACUUAAGUUGUAAACUAUUCUAAUGCUAUCAUAAAAUGUGUAGAUAUGAAAAUCUGCAUAGUAAUUGUGCAGUAAAAAGCAUAGCGGUGCCAACGUUUAAGUCAUGCGACUGCAGUGUAGUCUGUUUAUAGCCUGACAUUAGUUAGGGAGUUAUUUCUGCUUUGAUAAUCACACAAGUGGUGUUCAUCUGAGUGUCAUAAACUGGGGUUUGUCACUGGGAUUAUUUUCAGUGAUACUCCAAAAUCCAAUCCAGUGAUCCUAUAGUUUUAUCCAAGGGGAAGCAAGGUGCAAUGCUAACUUCAGUGUUAGCAUGUAAACACAAAUCUUCCCUAGGCUGAAACACGAAGCCCCGCCUGCAGGACCGUGCACUGCUGGUCGGACCAAUCAGACGAUUUCCUUCUUGACGCUUUUGAACGCGUGGACACACCUCAAAGCUUUGACAGAGUUACUCGAGGACCACAGAGACCCGACUGUCAUGGACUUUCCUCCACAGCCAUCUGACCUCAACCCCAUUCAACAUUUAUGGGGGACACUUGAAGAGUGACAAAGCCAAGCAUUCAGUGACACCAUAAGAGGCUAACUCCUCAGUAUUUGACGAGAUGGGAAUGUGACUCAGAAAUGAACUUUUCUUACAAAUAGCACAUUAAAAGACCCCUUGGUAGUUUUCUAGAGCUAGAAUUGAUUUUCUUAUUCUUAUUCUUCUCAUUAUUACUAUGAUUAUCAUUACUUGGUGUCUAACUGGGGCUCAAUGUUAAUGUAAUGAAUCAAGCAAAGGAAGUUAUUUAAUAGGUACACAAAUGAACAUUGUGCGUUGGUGGGAGCUUUUCAUGUGUCUGUGUUCUCAGAAUGACCAGCCUCCAUUGCAAACCAUACAGCUCAGCUCAGCAGGUGAAAAGAGAAAGCCUCUCUCUCUCUAUCUCACACACACACACACACACACACACACACACACAAAGGUGAAGCAGGGAAGAAGAAUUGGAUGACACACAAUGACGGACAGAGGGAGGGACUGAAUUACCAUAGAAACUGGUCAGACUGUUCAGAGAAGCGAUAGAGAAAAGGUGAAAGCUGAAGUGGUUCGAACUAUCAAGGUCAGCGGUCACCCAAGCGUCUCCCACGCUGAUCACUUUUUACGGCUGAUGUUUGCUGGGCUUUUUUUUUUUUUUUUUUUUUAAAUAAGCCAUAUUUUCAGGCUGCUGGCAUAUAGCUGGACAGCAGCUGAAGCCUUUUUGGAUGUGUUUUUGUGUGUUUUCUUUUGGUUAUUCUGAUGGGCAAAAGAACAGAAGCCAUAUGGAGUAAAAGUCCUUGCCGGCGCAGGUGAACAUCUGGCACCAUCUGGAAAUCUACUGUACAGGAUUAGGAUCGUACAACAUGACCAUUAGACACUACCAGAACAAGGAUGACUGAGAGGAAGCCUGACGGAAUCUCAAACGUACAAGCCACAGCCUUUUUCGUCCUCUUCCUCACCUAAAAAUAUAUUCGUCUCACAAUGUCAUCAAGAGGUGGUGUACCUCCUAACAUCAGUGUCUCGGUACUCCAAGACUCCCUAGACUCCUUGUUACCAUCUCCUUCCACGACCCCUCCGUCUCCGUCUUGCAGCAUAGAUGAGUCCUACAAGUACAUCUUCCUUCCCAUCUGUUACUCUUUCACGUUCAUCUUCAGCAUUUCCCUUAACUCGAUCAUCCUCUACCGCUCAUUCCGCCAGACCAAGCGCUGGAAUGCUUCGCUGAUCUACAUGGUCAACCUGGCGUCGACGGACUUCAUGUACGGCCUGUCGCUGCCGUUCCUUGUGGCUAGUUACAUCAUGCGUGACCGCUGGGUGUUCGGUGACUUCAUGUGCCGCCUGGUCCGUUUCCUCUUCUACUUCAACCUCUACUGCUCCAUCUUCUUCCUUACUUGCAUCUCUGUCCACAGAUACCUCGGUAUCUGCCACCCGAUGAAAGUCAUCACACUGGAGACCAAGAAGGCUGUCAAGUGCACCUGCGUCGUGGUUUGGAUUGUGGUGUUUGCCUUGACCUGCCCCAUCUUCCGGUUUGCUCAGACUGGUCACGUGACGAGAUUGGCGGGGUUUGGCUGCAAUGCAAGUACUACUGACGACCAAAGCCAUGAGGUGUCAUUGAUGAAUUGUAAUGCCAGCUAUGGUCACUCAGAGGGGGUCGUUGAGAAGUAUCAGAACUGCUGGGACGAUGCCAUAGAUAAGGAGUUUCCUGAUUACGUGCCCUAUGGCAUCAUACUCCAUUUGCUGGGCUUUUUUGGGCCUUUUUCCAUCAUAGCUUGGUGUUACUCUCACGUUGUGCUGACUAUAUUUAGGACUCUACACUCUCAGCCGUCAUCACGGAGAGUUCAGAGAGACAAAGGACGCGAAGGGAUGGAGAAAAGAGAGAGAAGUAGCCCCGCAAUAUCUGGACGAAAAAGAAGAGGGAGCAAUGGAACGUUGAGGGCAUUAGGAAGACAAGAAGGGACUUCCAUUUUCCUUGGCGCCCACUCCCCUUAUGCCAAUCGCAGACGUAAAUCUAUCAAGACAAUCAUCACCAUCACCCUUUUAUUUGCUCUCUGUUUCUUCCCUUUUCAUGUCACUAGAACCAUCUUCCUUGUGUUGAAGGUCACCAAAGGAGUUCCCUGUCACACUAUGACCAUGGUGUCCAUGUGCUAUAAGAUCACGAGACCUUUAGCAUCAUUCAACGCAUGGCUCAAUGCUCUCCUCUACUUCCUGACGAAAGACAAGGGGGGAGCCAACUGCUGCCAAGCGGUGAACACCACCACCCAAUCACACGGUGGACUUCUAUUGCCGCUGAGGAUGAUGGGAAAACAGGGGGAUACGGCAGAGGGAGGGAUCGAAGACGAAACUGACAAUAAGGAGAAUAAAGUGUUUCAGAACUGUCCGUCAUACAUGAACAGAGCAAAAGUCAGAUAUAUAGUUGAAUGAAUGUUUGCAUAAGGAAUGAAAUAAUGAGAUUUUAGAUGCACUGUAGGUUGUCCUAAACUAAAUGUUAUAUCAUAUACAAAGUGAUCACGGUAGGAAAAGCAAUGAUUAAAGAAGACCCAAGCAAGAAUCAUAAUAUGCUUUUGAUUCUAAGUUCAUGUACCUACUGCUGUUCUGCUACAAGCCAUACCUUGACAUUUACCUGGUGGAUGAAUGCAAUCCCAAUCUGAGAUCGCUGUGUUAGUGUUGUUCCUAGAAAUUCCCAAUUUAUGUUGUGAAAGGGUCUAUCCAAACCAAACCAUGUUUCACCUACACCAGACAAAGUAUUUCAGUUGCCUAAACCUAGCCAAGCAGCAACACGAAACUGAAAAGAAAUGUGAAACGCUAAGUCAAAUUAGUGUACAAAUUGAAUAGUAUAAUAAUAUGUUUCAAGCAGUAUAUAAACCCCAUUCUCCAGACUGAGAGUGCUGUGCUUGACCCACUCAGCCAAGACCGAUUGCCACAACUGUAGUUUUUUUGAAGUAACAGUCCUGGAGCAAUCAUUGAUCCUGAUCAAAACCAACAAUGCCCCGCCAAGCAAUGGCAUUAUUGGUCAGUUGCAAUGAUGAUCCUGGAACAAAAUGAGUCAUUAACGAUUCUAGAAACAACACCACCACCACAGCGAUAUCCGAUACAAUGUAAAUGAAUAUUCAAAUGUAACAAACCAUUAAGGAGAUAAUCUGUUUUAUUUCAGGAGGUGUGUGUUUAUAGUGUGUUAUAGAUUAAAUGUGCUACACUAGGAUCACCGAUUCCCCUAUUCAGGCCAGAGUAUGCUUGGAAUUGAAUUGUUUGUGCGAUGUUUCGUCCAACCCGGUCUCAAGGCGAAAGGGUUUCUAUGAAAAGCCUGUGGUCAUAGAAGAUGUUCCUCCAUUGUACACAACGUAAUUGUGUGGAGGAUGAGUAAGUUGAACAGAGUUUGACACAGACAUGUAAAACCUCCAGACAUUCACACCACACAUUGUUGGGGCAGGGGGUUUCAGUCGCCGUUAGACACCGUUACCUUACUUUCGUUACUCAAUCCAGCUUAAGGCAUCCCAUGCUAAAUUCACAGACUGCAGGAAAAUCCGACUUUAUUCCUCAAAUCAGAGGUUUAAGACAGACUGUCCGCACGAUUAUAUUGCAAAUGAUUGGACUGGAAUUUUUCGUGUAACUACAUACAUAUGCUUUCCAACAACAGAAGCAUGAGAAACUGAAAUCCACCACCUUGUCCUCCAAACAAUCAUGCCGCCAGGUUGCGGAGCAGAUGUUUACUUCAGCGUGAUUAUUCUUAGACUGACGUUCACUGUGUAGUCUUCCAUACCGAUCGAAUAGUAGAAACCUGGAUGCUGCUCUGCUGCACUUCAGUCUCUCUGGAUCUGACAUCGCUGUCGUGCAUCGUGCUGCGAGUGUCACAAAAGAUGCUUUGAAAUAUGACAUGAGUGGCCAGAGUUUUCAAGACUGAGACGCAUCUAUAGAAAUCAGAUUUUAAUCGAAUUUCAAAUUGUCUCCAAAAUUUUCCCUGAAAUGGAUCUGGAUAAAAUCAGGAUAUUCAGAAAGAUGGAUUUGGGCCAUCAGUCUGAACAAGGCCUUCAUUAGUGCGGUCCGAUUUUUCACCCAUCUGCUGAGGAAAUGUGACUCUGAUUACUCUCUCUACUGUUGUGGUGGUGCUACAUUCCAUAGGUCAGUGUUUAGUGUUUAGUAUUCCAUUGACAGUGUGCUGGUGCAGUUACUAUCUACCUUGAACGAAAAUGCCCUCCCAUUUAUUUGGAGAAACCCAGAGACGGCAAAAUAAAAUGCAAUAAAAUACAUAAUGUACUAUACAUAUCAAUCUUCUCUUCCACUAAUCUGAUACUGGUACCAUAUGUGGAAAAUAAAUGCAACUCACUCAACUGAGGAUUCACAGUUAUAUGUGCCAUUUUAGUUCAGCCAAACACAAUAGUAUGACUUGAUGAAGAUCGUACGGACAUAUGAAACACACAUGCUUCAAAGGAAGUGCAUCGUAGAUCAUGGGACGGCGGUUGAAGCCCCUUUACCCCCCCAUCCUCUCCGUCAUCAGACUUGGUGGGGUUGCGUCAGACAAUUUUUGGUACUUCCAAAAACUGACAAACCAAUAUUCACGGCCACUUUAUACCAGGCAUGUGGUUACUUUUUGCUUGAGCAAAUGAGUGCAACACUACGAAAGCCUGUAAAUAGAAACAGAAAAGAGUCGACUGUUUCUUACCCCCUUUUGGAACAACUUUUGCCUUUCAGAAUAGAUAAUAGCACCAUGAUAAUAAAUUAUAUCUAGGGAUGCACGGUAUUGGGUUUCUUUUUGCCCCUAUCCAAUUUGCCCAUAUUUUACAAUGCAUUUGGCCAAGAACCGAUACCGAUGUUUGUGGAUUUUCCACUUCCCAAACAUGCCACCAAAAGCAAUUGCAACUGCAGCUGCAGUGUGAGAUCCUCGGCACUCUCAUGAAUGAAGGACAGCCUUUUUAGUAUUCCGUCCCUCCAUUGUGCCAUGAGGCUCAACAUGCUAACAGGGCUAACACUUGACUACAAAAUGUCUGUCGUAAAAUUCAACCAAACGACACUGGCAACGAGCUUCUCAACAUUGUUGCAAAUGACUGCUUGCAACUCAGGUGAGGCCACAUCAGAAAAAUACCUCCGACUGGGGACCGUGUAGCGAGGCGGCUCACGUCAUCCUCGCACUGGUGACAUGACGUGGAAGUCAUGCAUUUGAUCAAGGAAGCAGCAGUCUAUUAUUGUAUCUGUUUAUUACAUCGGCGGAUAUCAGUAUGUUGACCGAUGUUAGCUAGUUCAUUUUAAAGCCAAUAUCAGCUGAUACAGAUAACGCGCUGAUAAUAUUGUGCAUCCCUAGUUUUAUAGCACCAUAGUGCAUGACAACCAACACCACAGCUUGGACUAACAAUUAAACGGAGAAAUAAUUUUCAUGGCUUAAAAAUCCCCCCACUGCACUUUUGAUUUUGAUUUUGUAUUUAAACUGAUAUCCUGUGAAUGCAGAGGCAAGGUGCGGUAUCCACAGCCUUAUGUCUAACUCCUGAGAAAAUCUAAAUCUGAUUCGAAGGUAUCGUUUCUUGAUUGUUUGCUUGAUAUAAGAAAGGAAACUCAAUCAAGACCUUAAGCAUUAUCAUGUGUAGUUUUACCUUUUAUGGCUUCAUGUAUUUAUUUUAAUUGUAUUUAUGGAAACCUGUUUGAAUUAUACUGUCUGCUCUUAUAGAAUCAAAUUCCUGAAUGAAUAUUCAUCGUAUUUAGAUCAAAAUGAUCUAUUAUAUAAAUCAUGAUUUUGCUGCGUAGUGUGCAGUGGACCACCUGAUUCCGGUUGUACGAUCUGUUCCCUGUAACCCCUAAAAUAUAGGAGAGAGAGAGGGAGGCAGAAAGAGAAUUGGGCUGUCAGUCUGUAAACUAAUGUCAGUGUACUCUCAUGUCCUCUAUAGAUAGCUAGUGCUAGCACAGUGCUUUCGGACUUAUUAUGACUUCUACUGUGAUUAGGUCAGCUGAUAAUACAAUCAAUCAAUCAACCAAUCAGUCAACCAAUCAAUCAAUCAGUUUGUCUCGCUUUGUUCAUUCUUGUUCACAGAAGUCAUUCCCUAGCACCUCCCUCCCGAUGACAUUAUGUUUCGUGACUUUGAUAAAGAAGGCCAGCUAUGAUUUUAUUUGAAUUCAUGACCAUAUGAUCACAAACUGAACGCUGCAGGGUCUAUCCAAGCUAACAUCGGGCCAGCGGAUGGACAGGUCACCAGUUAAUCUAUUUAAGACCAUAUUGUCAAAUAUGUUCCUAAUUAGAUUGGUCCACUGCCAACUCAACAUCACAGUUUUUGACAGCCAGGGAAUGAGACUCAUCAACACCUUUCUUCGGAUUCACUUACUGCACCUUUAACUGUUAAUCCACACUGGUUUCACUGUUUUAUCAUGUUGUCAUAAACAUUGUUACUGUUUUCUUAUUACUGUAUUACUCUAUUAUUUCUCUUAUUUUGUCUUGAUGAUCUUUUAAUGCAGCUUUCAGUGUAAGUUAUUAUGCUGAUAUUGUUUUUUUUGUUGUUGUUGUUGUUGUAAAUAUGAGACAUUUUGGUGUGACGAAUGCACUUAAAUAAAACAUGAUUUAAACUGCAAUGUUGGACAAAUUAAAAUUUGACCUGUUGGUGACA